AUGGUUAAUGCUAAAUCCGAGGUUCACCAGAAGAGUGUCCUUCAAAUCAAGCAAGAUGACAAGUUCUUCUGCAGGCUACUCUCAAAGGAAAGUUCUAUGUCCAACCCUUCUUUCAGGAUAGCCCUUGCUGUGCCAUUUGUGUGGGAAUCUCAGCCAGGUACCCCCAAACACACAUUCUCAGAGGAUACUCUCCCUCCUCUAACUCCUCCACCUUCUUAUCAUUUUAACAUCAAUGCCUACAAAAAGAAAGAAAAGAAGCACUCAAAGUCCAAUCUCUUGCUGACUCUGCUACCAAAACUGAACCUCAAGAAAAUGAUUCUCUCAUCCUCAUACUCUUCAUGGUCGUCAUCAUCAAGCUCCUCCAAAGUUGUCCCUAUGGCCAAGUUUGGCAAGAAGAAGCUCUUAGGCUAUGGAUCAUCUAAUGAUACUGAGGGAGGUGAUGCUAGUUCACCCUCAUCGAAAUUAUGCUUUAGCAUUCCUCGGGCCACCAGUUCUUAA